AUGUCUCUACCGCACAUCGCUCUCGUUGGUGCCACAGGGACACUCGGCCGAUCCAUUUUCAAAGCUCUCGUAUCCGCGUCAUUCCCACUCACCAUCCUCACGCGGGCGGGGGGUCGUUCGAAGAUCCCACUCCCACCGGACUCCGACGCCACGGUCCAAGUAAAAGAGGUCGACUACGCGUCUCACCGGUCCCUCGUCGAGGCGCUCUCAGGUGCGGACGUCGUCGUGAGCGCGCUGGGCUCUCAGGACCUGUUCGCCGCGCAGAAGUCGCUGAUCGACGCAUCCGUCGAGGCCGGCGUCCAACGAUUCCUCCCGUCCGAGUACGGCAACGGCGCCAACGGCAAGGUUCGACGUUUCCCACUUCUCUGGGCCGACAAGGACAAGACGCAGAGAUACCUCGAGCGCCGAGCCUCCGCGCACCCGGAAUUCACGUACUCCAUCAUCAACACGGGGUCGUUCUUCGACUGGCAACUCGAACUGGGCCUCAUCGUGAACCUCAAGGAGCACACGGCGACCGUGUACGACGGAGGGGACGUGCCGAACUCCGUCACGACGCUCGACACGAUCGCCAAGGCGGUCGUGGCGGUGAUAACCCACCCGGAGGAGACGAGGAACCGGCACGUCUUUGUGCACGACGCGGCCGUCACGCAGAACCAGCUGAUGCGGAUCGCGACCAAGAUCGACGGCGAGGCCGGGUGGGACACGACCCCGAUGGCGACCGCCGACGUCGAGGAGCGCUCCCACAAGGCCGUCGAGGAAGGCGACUACACGACCGCGAUGCUGGGCUUCAUCGCCCGGGCCUGCUGGGGCCCAGGUUUCGGACAGGACUUUGGUGGAAAGCUGGACAACGACCUGCUCGGACUUCCCGUCAUGAAGGAGGAAGACGUCGAAGCUCUAAUGCGAGGCGUCAUGGCCAAAAUUCGAACUCCAUCAAGAGACUCUUAG